AUGGAAUGUCUAAAACAUGUGGCGAAUUCCAACACGCGCUCGCCAACAGAUGUACAGGUUGACGCGUUCAAAGUACUUGCUUACGAUAUCGCCAGAUCUUCUGCUCUAAUCUUCUUCAUGCGUCUGCAUAUAGCAGCCGUCACAAUGAAAACGGAGUGGUAUAUCAAAAAUUGCGCCUCCCAUGGCCCCGAAGGACAAUGGAGCAAGGAACGACUCCGCGCUGUGCAAUGCAGGCCUUCCCAACUGAAUACCCCGAAUCUUGAACUGGGGUAUUCGAAACAAGCGGAGCACGUGAUUGCGAUUCGAAUUUUUGGUGCGCGGCAGGGCAUGUCCCCACGAGCCUCAUCCUCCGAAAUCUCAACGCCUACCGAACAACGAGCAUCAGAGUCCACGUUGAUCGCAAGCAGACACAAUGAUUUCCGCAAGGAUUGGCAGCGACGGGUUCGCACUCACUUCGACCAGCCCGGCCGCAAGACCCGGAGACGUACUGCUCGUCAGGCCAAGGCUGCUGCCCUGGCUCCCCGCCCCGUCGACAAGCUCCGACCUGUUGUGCGAUGCCCUACCAUUAAGUACAACCGACGAGUCCGUGCCGGUCGUGGUUUCACCCUCACCGAGCUCAAGGAGGCCGGUAUCUCAAAGUCCCAGGCUCCCACCAUCGGUAUCUCUGUCGACUUCCGCCGACAGAACCUGAGCGAGGAGUCCCUUGCCGCCAACGUCGCCCGCCUCAAGGCCUACAAGGAGCGCCUCAUCCUCCUCCCCCGCAAGUCCAACGCCCCCAAGAAGGGUGACACCAAGACCGACGUCGCCUCGCUCGACAAGGCCUCCUCCAUCGUCUCCGUUCUGCCUAUUGUCCACGUCGCUGGUGGUGUCUCUGAGAUCAAGAAGAGCGAGAUCCCCGCUGAAAUCGAGGGCGGUGCCUACACCAAGCUGCGCACUGCCCGCAGCAACGCCAGAUACCAGGGUGCUCGUGAGAAGCGUGCUCGCGACAAGGCCGAGGCCGAGACUGCCAAGAAAUAA